ACUGUACUAUUUAAGACACAGAAAAUUAGGCGUCGAUCGACUACAAGAUCUUCACGCCAACCUUGAAAAAGAAGACGACUACAAGAGGAUAAUGCAUAAAGAUCAUCAGUUAGGCUCAGGAUUAGACGACGAAGACGACCAUGCUAUCGAGGACGAGUUGGGGAUUUUGCAAGAGAAGAAGGAGAGGAUGAAGGCGGAGAACAAGCUUCUGCGAGAGGUGAUCGAGCGGACCUUCAACGAUUUCCAAGCGUUGCGGACGAAGUUGGCAGGCAUCCAGCAACAAAAUCAUCAAGAGGAGCACCCAGUCUCUCUUCUUUCUCUGGGAGAGCAGAGCAGCUUCCAGGAACAGAAGAAGUCGUCGGGCGGGGGCAAAGAAAUCCAACACUCUGCAGGCGAUGGCAAGCAGUUGCGUUUAUCUUUGAGCUUGCAAACCUACGCGAACCACGACGUCGACGAUAACAACAACGAUGUCAGGGAAUUGAGAGAACUAGAGACAGAAGGUCAGAACAAGGGCAAGGAGUUGCCCCAAGUCACAAACCAAAGCAUCAACCCAGCCAGUAGAAAAGCCAGGGUUUCCGUCAGAGUUAGAUGCCAAGACCCUACUAUGAACGACGGCUGCCAAUGGAGGAAAUACGGGCAGAAGAUGGCGAAAGGGAAUCCAUGCCCUAGGUCUUACUACCGAUGCACCGUCGGGCCGGGAUGCCCAGUUAGGAAGCAGGUACGUAAUUAUAUAUAUAGCUUUAGAUUUUUAACUGAAAACGGAUGGCAACUUGCAUGGAGGACAUGUCGAUCUAUGUUUUUGAAAGCACAGGUACAGAGGUGCAUGGAGGACAUGUCGAUACUGGUGACGACCUACGAAGGAACACACAACCACCCCGUCCCCGUCGGCGCCGCCACUGCCCUGGCUUUCACCGUGGCCCCCUCUGCUGCUAGCUUCAUGUUAGCAAACGACAAGAGUCCACCGCCCUACUGCUUCAGCCCUUAUUAUUACUCUGAACACCCAGAUUGUUCCUCCACCAUCAGCAGCUUUGUCAACCCUGGCAUGAGCUAUUCCGGUAUCUUAGCCGGUGCGGCAGGAUCAUCGCAAUUUCGAGUUCCUUCUAGUAUUAGAUCCAUCCCCUGCCUCUCAAACGAUUAUAGCCCUCGUAAGGAUGAACGAACCAUAGCAGAAAAUGCUAGUGAUGAGAUUGCUGCACGCUCCAAGCUCAUUCAUCGACGAGGACAGUGAGUAAGAGCACUGUGAGCAUAUGUAAGCUUGACACUGCUCAUUGCUUGACUUUUGCAGUGCAUUAAAGUUUAAAAAUCAUUUCACGAAGGAAACCUGAACUUACAUUAUUGAAAGUUUGUGUGUUUGCGUUAAUUACUUAGUUAUUAGCUAUUAAUUAGUAGUUGGUAGCCACCAUUUGGUUUUGUAU